CUCUAGGGUUUUUUGUUAGAGGCGCUCUCAAAAGCGGCUCUCUUCAGGAUUCCCUAAAGGGAGCCGCCGAUCUGGUUUCUCCUUCCCCUUCCUCUUUUUAGUUUUCUCUCCCUCCUCCCUCUCUCUUUAUUUUGAGAGAGCCUUUCUCUGGAGUUUUCUCGAGGUUUUCUCUUGAGUUUUUCAAAGUUUUGUUUCUUUGUUCGUGGUUCUCGUUCAAGUUCAUUGUUCGUCAACAAAGAUGACUUUUCCUCCUCUGUUUGCACGCAGUUCUCUGGCAGUUGUUGUUCAUGGUGAAUCCCGUUUGCAGUUCUCCAGUUGAUGUUGUUCAUGAUAGCAAGCUAGCGGCCGCUGUUGUGUUGGUGGCAGUGUGGCACCGCGGUAAGACUCACCAUUGCAGCAAGGGAUUUAGUCAUUCUGGUGGGCGGGUCUUAUUGGCAUGUUCCUCUGGGUAUAAAGGAUUGCAGAACUUCAAGCUUCAGCCUAGCAACCACGAAUCUGCCUACUCCUUAUCAGGGUCUUCUCACUCUCAUAUCAAAGUUCCUUUAUCAAGGCAUCUCAGUCACAGAUAUGGUAGCUCUUGCAGAAAAUGGAAAUGGCAAGACUGCCCUUCUUGCUAUAUGGCAUUCAUCAUUUCAGAGGAAAAAAAAAACGGUGGUGUUCUGCCCUCAGGUAUCAUGUUAAAAGUUGGGUGUUACAAUGAUAUUGCUACAGAGAGAUGUGACUUUUCUGUUGCUGGGAAGCUAGUCUAACAGGUAGCAAUAUUGUGUGUGUCAAAUUUUCUUCAUGAAUGGAUAGGCCUCCAGACUAAGUUAGAAGUGUAAAGUUAACAUGCAAUAUGAUAUGUCUGGUUACUUCCUUAAGGUUCAAUU